UGCGCUGUCACACACUCACUCGUUCUCUCGCCCACGGAACGUUACGUACGCUGGAAGACAAGUGAGAGUCAAGAUGCGCAUUUUCCUGCUGGUGGUGGCGGCGGCCUUUUCUGCUGCAGCACAGGAGGCCAUUCCGACAGAAGCAAACCCAGCAGCAACAGAUGGCCCUAAUGAAUUCUCAACAUACCCACCUAGUAACUGCCGUUACUAUUGCGGCUACGAGGGAUAUGCAUACUGCUGUGAUGAUGGCACCAGACCUAUUCCUCUCGAUCACGAUGACAAUGUAGGCGCUUGCGUAGAAAUGGAGGAACACAUCUGUGAAAAUGACGCCAUCUACUAUACAGUCAUUGACAAUAAUGGGGCGAACACGACGAAGCAGCUGUUCGAGGGCUCGCCAGUGGACACGCCCCCCUGCGCCUCCGACGGCUACUGCGCCGAGGACGAGAAGUGCUGCCCGACGCCCUGCGCCAAGAAGCACCUGUGCCUCGCCGCCGCCCCAGCGCAGGUUGCUCUUCGCGAAUUCUCAACUCCCCCGCCAAGCAACUGCCGUUAUUACUGCGGUUACGACGGGGAUGCUUACUGCUGCGACGAUGGCACCAGACCCAUUCCUCCGGAUCACGAUGAUAAUGCAGGUGUUUGUGUAGACGCAAGCGAACACAUCUGUGAGGACGAUGGCAUUUAUUACAACACUAUUGAUGGGACCGGGGCGAACACGACGGAGCAGCUGUUCGAGGGCUCGCCAGUGGACACGCCCCCCUGCGCCUCCGACGGCUACUGCGCCGAGGACGAGAAGUGCUGCCCGACGCCCUGCGCCAAGAAGCAUCUGUGCCUCGCCGCCGCCGCCGCCGCUGCCCCAGCGCAGGUUGCUCUUCGCGAAUUCUCAACUCCCCCGCCAAGCAACUGUCGCUAUUACUGCGGUUACGACGGGGAUGCUUACUGCUGCGAUGAUGGCACUAGACCCAUUCCCUCAGAUCACGAUGAUAAUGCAGGUGUUUGUGUGGACAUGAGCGAACACAUCUGUGAGGACGAUGCCAUUUACUACAACACUAUUGAUGGGACCGGGGCGAACACGACGGAGCAGCUGUUCGAGGGCUCUCCAGUGGACACGCCCCCCUGCGCCUCCGACGGCUACUGCGCCGAGGACGAGAAGUGCUGCCCGACGCCCUGUGCCAAGAAGCACCUGUGCCUCGCCGCCGCCGCCGCCGCCGCCCCAGCGCAGGAAAAUGCACUGACAGAAGAAACACCUACUGCAACAGAAUGUCGAUACUACUGUGGCUACAAUGAUAACAUUUACUGCUGUGACGAUGGCACUAGGCCUCUGCCUCAAGAUCACUAUGACCAUCCAGGAACUUGUGUAGAUAUGGAAGAACACAUCUGCAAGAAAGAUGGCAUCUACCAAAGUGAUCAGAGUGAGAAACCCACGAUCAAGAAAUUGUUCACGGGCUCGCCAGUGGACACGCCCUCCUGCGCCUCCGACGGCUACUGCGCCUCCGACGAGAAGUGCUGCCCGACGCCCUGCGCCAAGAAGCACCUGUGUCUCAAGUACGCUUAUACCAGCUGCCGCUACUACUGCUUCUGGGCCAACGAGACCUACUGCUGUGACGAUGGUAGUUUGGAAGAACCCAGGAAUCAUGACAACCACGAAGGCUCCUGCCCCAAGAUAGAGGAAGAAGAUUGCGACGGAGACAAGGAAGUUCCGCUCAAGUCUGGGGAUAACGGCGACAAGCAGACGGCCCCCGCAUGCGCCUCCGACGGGUACUGCGCGAGCGACGAGAAGUGCUGCCCGAGCAAGUGUGCGCAGCGCCACGUCUGCCUCAAGGCCAACCGCAUUGUGGAGGAGAUCGACGAGAACGGGGAAGGAGUGCAGGAACUCGAGUUUUAAGUGCAACUGAUGGACGCCAUAUUCAGGGAGGAGGAGGAGGAGGACGGGAAGAAGGAGCAGUAGAAGGGCAAGGUGGAGGAGGAGGAGGAAGUGGAGAAGGACGUGGAGCUGGAUGAGGAGGAAGAGGGAAAAUUGAGAAUUAUGCGCGCGCGCACGCGCGCGCACACACACGCGCACACACACACACACACACACACACACACACACACACACACACACACACACACACACACACACACACACACACACACAUUAAUAUUGAAAUAUUUGCAAUUCAGAAUACGAGACUUUGACCCAUGUUACUCCUCAUCUUCCCUUAAUGAUGAUGAUAUGAUGAUGAGGUAGAGGAUAAGAGUGAAAAAAAAAAAAAAAAAAAAAAAAAAAAAAAAAAAAAAAAAAAAAAAGAAUCGCAUAACGGAAUGUUGUUCUGCAGUGUGUGGAUUCGUUUGCAGUAACCUCUUUGUUGAGUAGAGAGGAACAGGCUUUUGGUGAUGAAAGAUGAAGAGCAUUAAUAUCACGUUUAGAUAUAACUGGAAUAUGGUGCCGCCAUCGGUUACAUUUUUUAAAAAUUUUAUGUAUAUUCUUAAGGACGUAAUUUCAAUGUAAUAUUUGCACUUCUUGUGAUUAAUGUCAAAAGUGCACAAAUUGUUGAGCAGGUCUGCAUUUACUGUUGUUGAAGAUUAAGAACUUGAAUGUUAUCUC